AUGGGGCUGAGCACUGCGUAUUCAUUUGCUAUAAUUAUAUUAGUGGUAUCGAUAUUUUUAACUCGUGCCUUAUUUGUAUUACCAUUUUAUAGAUUGAACAAUAUCAGUAAUGACACUGAAACAUCAAUCAACAAAACCUCUGAUGAGGUAAUGAGAAAAGAAAUUAUAAGAAUUACCAAUGAAAGACCAUUACAUGCAUUUAUCUUUUUAGGGUCUGGUGGUCAUACAGGUGAAAUGUUAAGAAUUCUAACAAAUUUUAAUGAAAUUUUAUUGAAAAAGAGUAAUACAUUGUAUGUGGGUUACUCAGAUGAGCAAUCUCAUGAAAAAUUUAAAAAAUUGAUGAUGUCAUCAUCAUGUUAUAAAGAUAUUGAUGUGAAGUAUUAUACAUUUAUUAAAGCAAGAGAAGUUAAUGCAGGUUAUUUGAAAAGUUUGAAAAGUAUCAUGAUGACUCUAUUAAGUUCUUUAUAUAAUAUUAUUCAAAUUAAAUUUUCAAUGAUGGGAGAGCCUCACUUAGUAUUAUUAAAUGGUCCCGGGACUUGUUGUAUCAUUGCUCUAUGGUUCAAGCUAAUUGAUAUAUUGCUAUUAUUUACAUCAUCUCAUAUUAUCUACAUUGAAUCCCUAGCACGUAUCAAUACUUUAAGUAUGACAGGGAAAAUAGUUUAUUUGUUUGCAGAUUUGUUUGUGGUACAAUGGGAAGAAUUAAUACGAAUUGUACCUAGAGCAAAAUAUUUUGGUAUCCUUGUAUAA